AUGGCCCCUGCCCACGAGACCGCUGACGUACCGCGAACGGGUGGUUACACUCGCUUCGAGCUCGAACUCGAGUUCGUGCAGUGUCUUGCCAAUCCAGUCUAUCUCAAUUUUCUGGCCACGCAGAAAAUGUACGAGAAGCCCGAGUUCGUGGCCUACCUUGGCUAUCUGCAGUACUUCAAGGAUCCUAAAUACGCAAAGUUUCUGCACCACCCUGCGCCCACGCUCCGAGCGCUAGAGCUGCUGCAGCAGGAGCGCUUUCGCCGCGAGAUACUCAACCCUGGUCUCAUGAACAAACUUGUCGUUGAGGGCCAAAGGAAUGCAGUGCCAGGCCAGCAAAACUGA